AUGGGUCUGAACUUGGAGGAAAUCUAUGGCCAAACUAUAGUCGAGGAGCAGAGCCCGAACGAAUAUUCGGAGUAUCAGCCAAAGAAAGGUUAUGGCUGGGCUAACACUCUGCCCGAGCGGCAAGGUCUCUAUGACCCGGAAUACGAAAAGGAUGCUUGCGGUGUAGGCUUUGCUGCCAAUAUUAAAGGCAAGGCUAGUCACAAGAUUGUCAGCGAUGCCCGGAAUCUGCUUUGUAACAUGACGCACCGAGGUGCAGUCGGUUCUGAUGCACGAGACGGCGAUGGUGCUGGUGUAAUGACCAGCAUUCCCCAUAAGUUCUUCAUCAAAAACUUUGCGCGCGAAGUUGGAGUGGACCUCCCUCCCCUUGGGCAGUAUGCUGCGGGUAACCUCUUCUUCAAGCCUGACGAGGAGGCUUUGAAAGAGUCCAUCAAACAAUUCGAGGAGAUCGCCACAACACUAGGAUUGCGCGUACUAGGGUGGCGCGAGGUUCCUCGCGAUUCUACCAUUUUGGGCCCUGCAGCCCUGUCUCGGGAGCCUACAAUUCUCCAGCCGUUCGUGGUGCUCAAGUCCGCUUACGGGGAGGGAAACAAGCCCGAGAUUACUGAUCCGGAGCAGUUUGACAUGAAGACGUUCGAACUUCAGCUGUACGUUUUAAGAAAGCGUGCUACGCACAUCAUUGGCCUUGCCAACUGGUUCUACCUGUGCUCUCUCAGCAAUCGGAAUAUUGUGUACAAGGGCCAGCUCGCUCCUAUACAGGUGUACCAGUACUACCACGAUUUGGUAAACGUCGACUAUGAAGGUCACUUUGCUCUCGUCCACUCCCGUUUCUCCACCAACACAUUUCCCUCCUGGGACCGUGCACAGCCUCUGCGAUGGGCGGCUCACAACGGUGAGAUCAACACCCUCCGAGGUAACAAGAACUGGAUGCGUGCUCGUGAAGGUCUGCUCAAGUCUGAAAUCUUUGGCGACGAGCUCGAGUCUCUGCUUCCUAUUGUCGAAGACGGCGGUUCCGACUCGGCUGCCUUUGAUAACGUUUUGGAAUUGCUGAUGAUCAACGGUGUCCUUUCUCUCCCGGAAGCUGUCAUGAUCAUGAUUCCUGAGGCGUGGCAGGACAACCCAGCCAUGGACCCGGCCAAGGCUUCUUUCUACGAGUGGGCUGCUUGCCAGAUGGAGCCUUGGGACGGCCCGGCUCUCUUCACCUUCUCCGAUGGACGUUACUGCGGUGCCAACUUGGACCGCAACGGCCUGCGUCCUUGCCGUUUCUAUGUGACCGAUGAUGACCGUAUCAUUUGCGCGUCCGAAGUCGGCGCCGUCGAUAUUGACCAGGAGCGAGUAAUCCAGAAGGGUCGUCUUCAGCCCGGUAAAAUGCUUCUGGUUGACACAGUCGCCGGCCGUAUCAUUGAUGACUCUGAGUUGAAGUACACCGUUGCCCACCGAGCGGACUUUAGCGGCUGGUUAAACAAGGAGCUUGUCAAGCUUCCCGCUGUCACCGAAAAGCUGAUUGAGCAGAAUGUGGACGUCCGCUAUGAACUGGACAACACCACUGUUCAAAACGACCCUCGGCUCAAGGCCUUCGGAUACUCCUUUGAGCAAGUCAGUCUUCUUCUCGGCCCCAUGGGAGCUGAUUCUAAGGAGGCUCUUGGUUCCAUGGGUAAUGACGCUCCUCUCGCGUGCAUCGCCAAGCAACCUCGACUUCUGUACGAGUACUUCCGUCAGCUUUUCGCUCAGGUCACCAACCCCCCAAUUGACCCUAUCCGUGAAGCCGUCGUCAUGUCUCUGGAGUGCUACGUUGGUCCUCAGGGCAACCUGCUGGAAAUGGACCAAUCGCAGUGCCGCCGCAUGCUUCUUCCUUCUCCUAUCCUGAGCAUCCCCGAGUUUAACGCCCUCAAGAACGUCCACACUGUCCACAAGGACUGGACCGUUAGACUCAUUGAUAUCACCUUCGAGAAGAAGAAGGGUGUCCCAGGAUAUAUUGAGGCUCUUGACCGGAUUUGCGACGACGCUACUGAGGCUAUCCAAAACGGAGACAAGGUUCUCAUCCUCUCCGAUCGUGCCACAUCUGCCGACAGGGUCCCAGUGUCUGCUCUCCUGGCCACUGGCCUUGUUCACCACCACUUGGUCCGCAACAAGUGGCGAUCUCUUGCUGCGUUGAUCGUCGAGACUGCAGAGGCCCGUGAGGUUCACCACAUGUGUGUUCUCGUCGGUUAUGGUGCAGAUGGUAUCAACCCUUACCUCGCCAUGGAGUGUAUCAUGAAGAUGAACAGAGAGAAAUUGAUCCGCAAGGAACUUUCCGAUGAGAAGGUCAUUGAGAACUACAAGGCUUCGUGCGAUGGCGGUAUUCUUAAGGUCAUGAGCAAAAUGGGUAUCUCUACUCUGGCAUCCUACAAGGGUGCUCAGAUCUUCGAAGCGCUUGGUAUCGAUGACAGCGUCAUCGACCGCUGCUUUGCUGGCACUGCAAGCCGUAUCCGCGGUAUGACUUUUGAGCUGAUCGCGCAGGACGCCUUUGCCAUUCACGAGCGCGGUUACCCCUCUCGCUCCAUCGUUGAUAUUCCUGGUCUUACCGAGACCGGUGAGUACCACUGGCGUGACGGUGGCGAGGAUCAUAUCAACGACCCUGUCAGCAUCGCCAAUGUCCAGGAUGCUGUGCGCACGAAGAACGACAAGUCCUACGAGGCGUACGCCAAGGCCGCGCAUGAGCAGAUCAAGAACUGCACUCUCCGUGGGAUGCUCGAGUUCGACUUUGACCAGCGGACGCCUAUCCCCAUUGAUCAGGUUGAACCAUGGACGGAAAUUGUUCGCCGUUUCGUGACUGGUGCCAUGUCGUACGGAUCCAUUUCCAUGGAAUCACACUCUACUCUUGCUGUUGCCAUGAACCGCCUGGGUGGAAAGUCCAACACAGGUGAAGGUGGUGAAGACCCAGAGCGCAGCAAGCGCAUGGAGAACGGAGACACAAUGCGCUCUGCCAUCAAGCAGAUUGCUUCUGGCCGCUUUGGUGUCACAUCUCACUACCUUGCCGAUGCAGAUGAGCUGCAGAUCAAGAUGGCCCAGGGUGCUAAGCCUGGAGAGGGUGGUGAACUACCUGGUCACAAGGUUGUCGGUCCUAUCGCCCACACUCGUUACUCCACCCCCGGUGUCGGUCUUAUCUCGCCUCCCCCUCACCACGACAUUUACUCCAUUGAGGACCUGAAGCAGCUCAUCUACGACCUCAAGUGCUCCAAUCCCCGUGCUCGUGUUUCCGUCAAGCUUGUGUCCGAAGUUGGUGUUGGUAUCGUCGCCUCUGGUGUGGCCAAGGCCAAGGCUGAUCACAUCUUGAUAUCCGGUCAUGACGGUGGUACUGGUGCUUCUCGCUGGACUGGUAUCAAGUAUGCCGGUCUUCCUUGGGAACUGGGUCUCGCCGAGACUCACCAGACUCUUGUUCUCAAUGACCUCCGUGGCCGUGUCAUUGUUCAGACUGAUGGUCAGAUCCGCACUGGUCGUGAUGUCGCAGUUGCCUGUCUUCUCGGUGCUGAAGAAUUUGGCUUUGCCACGACUCCUUUGAUCGCGAUGGGGUGCAUAAUGAUGCGAAAAUGCCAUUUGAACACGUGCCCUGUUGGUAUUGCCACCCAGGAUCCUGAACUCCGCAAGAAGUUCGAGGGUCAGCCUGAACACGUGAUCAACUUCUUCUACUACAUCGCCAACGAGCUGCGUUCCAUCAUGGCCAAGCUGGGAGUUCGUACCAUCAACGAGAUGAUUGGCCGUGCUGAGCUUCUCAAGGUCCGCGAUGACCUCACCAAUCCCAAGCAGGAGAACAUUGAUCUUUCACUCAUUCUCACUCCUGCUCACUCACUUCGCCCUGGUGUAGCAACGUAUAAUGUACGCAGGCAGGAUCACCGCCUGCACACUCGUCUUGACAACAAGCUUAUUGCCGAGUCCGAGCUUGCUCUGGAGAAGGGUCUGCCUUGCCGUGUUGAGUGCGAUGUUGUCAACACUGAUCGUGCUCUGGGUGCCACUCUUUCUUAUCAGGUCAGCCGUCGUUACGGAGGGGAAGGUCUUCCUCAGGACACCAUUCAUUCCAAUAUCAAGGGCUCGGCUGGCCAGUCCUUUGGUGCCUAUCUUGCUCCUGGUAUUACCCUGGAGCUUGAGGGUGAUGCCAACGACUAUGUCGGCAAGGGUCUGUCCGGUGGCCGCCUCAUCAUCUAUCCCCCGCGCGGUGCGGCUUACAAGGCGGAGGAGAAUGUUAUUGUCGGUAACACCUGUCUGUACGGUGCCACUCGUGGUACUUGCUACUUCCGUGGUGUUGCUGCUGAACGUUUCGCUGUUCGCAACUCUGGAGCUACGGCAGUUGUUGAAGGUGUUGGUGACCAUGCUUGCGAAUACAUGACCGGAGGCCGCGUGGUUGUCCUUGGUUCGACAGGUCGUAACUUUGCUGCCGGAAUGUCCGGUGGUAUUGCUUACAUCCUCGACAUGAACCAGGAUUUCCUGUCUAAGGUCAACAUGGAGAUGGUGGAAUGCUCCAGCCUCGAAGAUCCUUCUGAAAUCGCCUUCCUCCGCGGCUUGAUUGAGGAUCACCACCACUAUACUGGCUCCGAGCUGGCUGCUCGUAUCCUCCUGGACUUCACCCGUGCUCUUCCUCAUUUCAUCAAGGUUUUGCCCACAGACUACAAGCGUGUCCUCGAGGAAGAAGCUGCAAAGGCGGCCGCUGCGAAGAAGGCUGAGACCACCAUUCCUCAGCUGCCUAGCACUCCUGUUGAGAAGCACAAGCCCAAGGCUGAAGGUGAUGCCAAGAAGGCUGAGCUUCUGGACAUCGAAGACAGUGUCACCGACUCCAAGGUCGAGAAGAAGAGAACCGCCCUCAUCCUUGACAAGACCCGUGGUUUCAUGAAGUACAACCGCCGUAGCGAGAAGUACCGCAACCCAGCCACCCGUACCCGUGACUGGGCGGAACUGUCUUCUCGUCUAACCGAGGACGAGCUCAAGUACCAGUCUGCUCGUUGCAUGGACUGUGGUGUUCCCUUCUGCCAGUCCGACACCGGUUGCCCGAUCUCUAACAUCAUUCCUAAAUGGAACGAAUUGGUGUUCGCAAAUCAGUGGCAGGAUGCCCUCAACCGCCUGCUCAUGACCAACAACUUCCCCGAGUUCACUGGUCGUGUGUGCCCUGCGCCUUGCGAAGGUGCAUGUGUGUUGGGCAUUAACGAAGACCCCGUUGGUAUCAAGUCUAUCGAGUGUGCGAUCAUUGACCGUGGUUUCGAGAUGGGUUGGAUGGUCCCUCGUCCUCCUGCUGUCCGUAGCGGCAAGACUAUUGCUAUCAUCGGAUCUGGUCCCGCCGGUCUUGCGGCUGCAGAUCAACUCAACCGCGCUGGACACAGUGUCACUGUUUAUGAGCGUGCCGACCGUGUUGGUGGUCUGCUCAUGUACGGUAUCCCCAACAUGAAGCUUGACAAAAAGGUCGUUCAGCGCCGUGUCGACCUGAUGGCCGCCGAGGGUAUCAAGUUCGUCACUGGUGUGUCCGUUGGACCGGACAGCGAUGUCUCUUUGGACUCUCUUCGCAAGAUCAAUGAUGCUGUGAUUAUUGCCACCGGUGCUACUGUCGCCCGUGACCUCAAGGUUCCUGGCCGUGAACUCGAGGGUAUUCACUUCGCCAUGCAGUUCUUGCACAAGAAUACCAAGUCUCUUCUUGACUCCGAGCUGGCCGACGGUUCUUACAUCUCUGCCAAGGACAAGCAUGUCGUCGUCAUUGGUGGCGGUGAUACGGGUAACGACUGUAUUGGUACCUCUGUUCGUCACGGUGCCAAGUCUGUUGUCAACUUCGAGCUCCUGCCUCAGCCUCCUCCUGAGCGUGCCCGUGACAACCCCUGGCCUCAGUGGCCCCGUAUCUACCGUGUCGACUACGGUCACUCCGAGGUCAAGACCCACAUGGGCAAGGACCCCCGUGAGUACUGCAUCAUGUCCAAAGAAUUCGUGGACGACGGUAGCGGACGCGUGAAGGGUAUCAACACUGUCCGUGUUGAAUGGACCAAGAGCGCCACUGGUGGAUGGGACAUGAAGACCGUUGAGGGCAGCGAGCAGUUUUUCCCUGCUGACCUUGUCCUUCUCUCCAUGGGCUUCCUUGGCCCUGAGGACCGUCUUCUGGGCGACGAAAUCGAGCGUGACGCCCGCAAGAACGUCAAGACCAGCCCUGGCCACUACGGCACCAACGUUCCCGGCGUGUACGCUGCGGGUGACUGCCGCCGCGGACAGUCUCUCAUUGUCUGGGGUAUCAACGAAGGUCGCCAGUGCGCUCGCGAGGUCGACACCUUCCUCUCCGGCAUCAGCUCCCAACUUCCUGUGACUGGUGGUAUUAUCCGCCGACCUGCCAUUGAUGCUGUCCGCCAGGCCACCGAGACUGUGACCAUUGCCGCAUAA